AUGACUUUAAAUUCUCAUCUUAUAAGCAGAGAGGGAAGCAAAAACAAAUCUCACUUAAGCCAUUCAAUGCAGUUGAUUACCAGACUUAUCAUUACUUGUCUUCUCGUUCGUUUUUGCACUGCUCUCAAGGAGGGAGAAACGUGCGCAUCGAAUGGGAAUUGUGACUCAGGGUUGCACUGCGAAACCUGUAUAGCAAAUGGAAACGUACGGCCCCGAUGCACUCGAAUCCAAUCUGUGAACCCCACUUCUAAGGUCAAUGGACUUGCAUACAACCGAUACUCGUGGUUGACGACCCAUAACUCGUUUGCAAGGCUAGGAGAAAGGUCUGACACUAGCUCUUUGAUUUUAGCUCCUUCCAACCAGCAGGACUCCAUCACCGACCAGCUUAAUAACGGUGUUAGAUGUUUUAUGCUGGACAUGUAUGAUUUCCAGAAUGAUAUCUGGUUGUGUCACUCCUUUGGAGGACAGUGUUACAACUAUACGGCCUUUCAACCUGCAGUUAAUGUCUUGAAAGAAGUUAAAGCAUUUCUUGAAGCAAACCCAUCAGAAAUUGUUACCAUUAUCAUUGAAGACUAUGUUACCGCGCCAAGGGGCUUGACAAAAGUAUUUGAUGCUGCCGGCCUGAGGAAGUUCUGGUUUCCGGUGUCUCGAAUACCAAAAAAUGGUGGGAAUUGGCCAACAGUUGAUGAUAUGGUACAAAAGAAUCAGCGGCUUGUGGUUUUCACUUCUAAGUCAGCUAAGGAGGCCUCUGAAGGUAUAGCUUAUCAAUGGAGCUAUAUGGUAGAGAACCAAUAUGGCAAUGGUGGGAUGAUAUCUGGUUCAUGUUCAAACCGAGGGGAAUCAGCUGCCAUGAACACGACAUCAAGGUCGCUCGUUUUAUUCAACUACUUCCCCGAUAGAGCAGACGUAACCGAAGCUUGCAAACACAAUUCAGCUCCAUUGAUUAGCAUGAUGAAUACAUGUCAAGUAGCAGCUGGAAACCGGUGGCCUAACUUCAUUGCUGUAGAUUUUUACAAGAGGAGUGAUGGCGGAGGUGCUCCGGAAGCUGCAGACGUGGCAAACGGCCAUAUAGUGUGUGGAUGCGAAAACAUUGCGUUAUGCAGGGCAAAUAUGACAUUUGGAGUGUGCGAGGUACCUGAGGCGGAUAGGUCACCUGCACCAAAAUCAAUAGCACAUAAUUCCAGCUUUGCUUAUUUUGAGAGUCCAUCGGUUCUAUUGCAGUGGUUGCUUAGCAUUAUUUUAGUAGCUCUCCUCAUACAACUGUAAGCAUCAAUUUAAAACUUGUGUUUGUUGUACAAAAAAACACACUUCUUCUAAGCUAUAGCCUAUAGCGGAUAACCCAGA